UGGUGCAGGAGCAGCCAGAAGUCCAGUUCAGUGAGCUGCACUAGUCCUGAGAGCCACCAGCUCAGAGAAGUAGUCCAGCCACUCCAGAAACACCCAGCUCGCAAUACUGCAGCUGCAGCACACAUUAACCUGUUAGCAACAGAUCCAUUCAAUCAGCAAGGUGACGCUGAGUGACAGCCUCUUAUUUCUGUGUCUCUCACACUGAGCUGAACUAAUUCAGACCACAGGCAGCUUGUUACACCUGAGACUCAGAGCUGAACCACAGCAGAGAAGAUGAUGGGGAUGCAGCGACACUCACACAGCUUUCUGGUCCUUCUUCUCAUGGUCUUCAUCGCUGGGAUAGUUCUCUGUGGUCCCUCGACUCCUCGCAAGAGCAGAGUGAGACGCCAGAACAUGAAAGUCCGUAUCAACGCCACAGGAGACACCAUCGUGAUGAAGUUUUUGCGUCCCAGCCCUGACACUAAGCUGGAGGGUUACAUCCUGGGCUAUGGCAGCAGCAUGUUCUCCAAACAGUUCAUUCAGCUGCCUGAGAACGGACAGCCAUACGAGACUGAGUUUGAUGCUGAGCCCAAGUACCUUAUCGCUGUCCAGCCCAUCCCAGUCAAUGAGGUGAAAAAGCAGUGCACAGGUAAAGUGGAAAUGCAGAAGCCACUACACCUGGUCAUUGGGUCAGUGACGCCCAGCUCAGUUCUCCUGUCCUGGGGGACCCUCCUGAAAACUCCCUAUGAAGGCAACGUCAUGGAUGACUGUCUUGAGGAUGGACACUACACGGUGCGUUAUCGUGAGAGGAACAGGAAGUGGAACUACCAGACCUGCCCGACUAGCGACACGGUCAUUGACAACCUGAAGCCCAACACAGUCUAUGAGUUCGGCGUCCAGCCCAACUCCAAGGACGGCACUGGAGUGUGGAGCAAGCCGGUCAUUCACAACAUCAGCUCCGGGGGCAUAGAGGAGAAAGCCAUCAAGAAAAUCUUUAAACGUCCCAUCAGCCCUGUGAAACCUUUAACGCCAGUCAAGCAGCCUUUCCCCUUUUCUCCGCACCAUGUUCUCCAUAACAGGACCCAGGGCAGACCGCCCGUCUCCCGGAACAUAGCCCCAAAGACAACUCUUGCUCCCACCACAACUACUAAACAGGAAUCUCUGUCAACCCCUGAACCCACACGGCCUGUGGUCACCAAACAGCCAAUCGGAGGAGGAGACCACUCCAGAUCUGUCUUGCCUCCUUUCACAGAGUGCCCCUUAGCUCCCAAGCUCCCUCCUCCACCACACAUUACAGCCACUGUGGCAGCUGUGCCAGCCACCCAAAGAAAUCUAGAGAAACAUAAAGAGCAUCCUAUGAGUCAACCACAACAAAAGCCCCGCUCCCAACCUCCUGUACAACCUCAACCCCCCCAGCUGCAGCCGCAGUAUUGGCCAUCACCACAACCAAAGCCCCAAGCCCAGAAACCUCAUCUACAGCAGGAGGUGAAGGCUCAACCUCAACCACAACCGAAACCCCUUUUCCAACCACAAUCCCAGCCCACAUCCCAACCGAUACCCCACACCCAACCACAUCCCCAACCAACAUCCCAGCCCAUACUCCAGACCCAACCACAACCAAAAUCUCAGCCCAUACCCCAGACCCAAACAAAUCUCCAAACAACAUUCUUGCCCAGACUCCAUAACCAACCACAAACAACACCCCAGCCUAUACCCCAGACCCAACCACAUCCCCAACCAACAUCCCAGUCCAUACCCCAUACCCAACCACAUCCCCAACCAACAUCUCAGUCCAUACUCCAUACCCAACCAAAACCAACAUCCCAGCCUAUACCCCAGACUCAACCACAAACAACAUCCAAGCCAACACCUCAGACCAAACCACAAACAACUUUCCAGCCUAAACCCCAGACCCAACCACAAACAACCUCCCAGCCAAAACCCCAGACCCAACCACAAACAACCUCCCAGCCCAAACCCCAGACCCAACCACAAACAACAUCCCAGCCCAAAUCCCAGACUCAACCCCAAACAACAGCCAAGCCUACACCUCAGACCCAACCACAAACAACAUCCCAGCCCAAACCCCAGACCCAACCCCAACCAACUUCCCAGCCCAAAGUCCAGACCCAACCACAACCAAAGUCCCAGCCCAAACCCCAGACCCAACCCCAACCAACAUCCCAGCCCAAAGUCCAGACCCAAUCACAACCCCAACCAACAUCUCUGCCCAAAUUCCAGACCCAACCCCAACCAACAUCCCAGCCCAAAGUCCAGACCCAAUCACAACCCCAACCAACACCUCUGCCCAAAGUCCAGACUCAACCUCAGUCACAAUCUCAACCAAAGCCACAUACCCAGUCACAGCCUCAAACCACAACCCAGCUCCAGGCUGAACCACAACCUCAACCAACAUUACAGCCCAAGUACCAGGUCCAAACUCAAACACAACCACAUCCAAAGACCCAGACCCAUUCUGAAGUUCAAACACCUCCACAGCCCACAACUGUGGCACAUCCUCAAACACCUCAACCAACACUCCAUCACAUUCCUCAGACCCAACAAGUACUGCCAAAGUUUUACACCCAGCCACAGCCUCAACCACAAUUUCAAUCAACAACUCAGCCACAAACCCAAAAACACCCAAAACCUAAGACCGACUGGCACUCUCAGCCACAACCUACAGUAAAACCCAACCCAGAGCUUCAACUAACCACCAAGCAGCAGUCUAAAGCCCAGCCAACACCUAAACCAAAGAGCGAACUCAAGCCCAAAACACAGCCUCAGCCAAAGAGUGAACCCAAACCCAAAACACAGCCUCAACCAAAGAGUGAGCCUAAGCCCAAACCACAGCCUCAACCAAAGAUUGAGCCUAAGCCCAAAACUCAACCUCAACCAAAAAGUGAACCCAAGCCCAAACCACAGCCUCAACCAAAAAACAAGCCAAAGCCCAGACCACAGCCUCAACCAAAGAGUGAGCCAAAGCCCAGACCACAGCCUCAACCAAAAAGCGAACCCAAGCCAAAAACGCAGCCUCAACCAAAAAGUGAGCCAAAGCCCAAAUCACAGCCUCAACCAAAAAGUGAGCCCGAGCCCAAAACACAGCCUCAACCAAAGAGUGAGCCAAAGCCUAAACCACAGCCUCAACCAAAAAGUGAGCCAAAGCCCAAACCACAGCCUCAACCAAAAAGCGAACCCAAGCCCAAACUACAGCCUCAACCAAAGAGUGAGCCCGAGCCCAAAACACAGCCUCAACCAAAGAGUGAGCCCGAGCCCAAAACACAGCCUCAACCAAAGAGUGAGCCAAAGCCCCAAACACAGUCUCAACCAAAGAGUGAGCCCAAGCCCAAAACACAGCCUCAACCAAAGAGUGAGCCCGAGCCCCAAACACAGCCUCAACCAAAGAGUGAGCCCAAGCCCAAAACACAGCCUCAACCAAAGAGUGAGCCCGAGCCCAAAACACAGCCUCAACCAAAGAGUGAGCCAAAGCCCCAAACACAGUCUCAACCAAAGAGUGAGCCCGAGCCCAAAACACAGCCUCAACCAAAGAGUGAGCCCGAGCCCCAAACACAGCCUCAACCAAAGAGUGAGCCCAAGCCCAAAACACAGCCUCAACCAAAGAGUGAGCCCGAGCCCAAAACACAGCCACAACCAAAGAGUGAGCCCAAGCCCAAAACACAGCCUCAACCAAAGAGUGAACCCGAGCCCACACCACAGCCUCAACCAAAGAGUGAGCCUGAGCCCAAAACACAGCCACAACCAAACAGUGAGCCCGAGCCCAAAGCACAGCCUCAACCAAAGAGUGAGCCCGAGCCCAAAGCACAGCCUCAACCAAAGAGUGAGCCGAUGCCCAAACCACAGCCUCAACCAAAGAGCCAACCCAAGCCCCAACCACCAUUUCAGCCAAAAAAGCAGCCAAAGCCUCAACAACCACCUCAACCAAAAAAGUCUAAGCCUCAACCUAAGCCUCAAACAAAGGAACAAGAAACUCACCCAAUGAUUCAGCCACAGCCCCAAACACAACCUCCAACAAUGCCCCAGGCCCAACCUCAACCUACUCCACAACCACAACCUCCACCAAAUACCCUGACUCAGUCCCCGCUUGAACCUCUACCCAAGCCACAACCUGAACCUGGGCUUCACACCAGGACCUACUCUGAUCCCACCACGGUCUCCCCAAGGCAGACAGUCCCUACGGCUCCUAGUCGACCAGAAGAGGGCAAGCCUCUACCAAGACCUGCCCUGGCUACAGAGAAGGCUGGUAGUUACAAUCAGGGUACUGGCGUCCGUAAGCCAUCCGUUCCUGAAGCUCCUCGUUCUCCCAUUAGCUCAUCAGUUCCUCCAGCAGGAAGAAACACCACGCUGCCCCGCACCCGGGUUCCUCCUCAUUCCACUCGUACUAGUGGCAGACCAUUUUCUCCAUCCAAGACAUUCACCUCCUCUCACAGCUCCAGCACACCUGGGGCCGAUGGGGCGCAUCAUAGGGGCAAUGCUCUUCCUAAACCUGUGGUGUGGUCCAGAGAGAAACCUGUCCCGCGUCCCCCUAUUCCUGUCAACAAGAGACCCAACCUGGUGGGAAAACCUAGUGACCAUGAUAAACCCAUGGACCUGAAACAGGGAGACAAGGAGUCCAUCUUGAAGCCAUUCCCUCUGGUCACAGCCAAGCCCAAGCAAGAGCGUCGACAGCAGCAGACAACCACCUCUGCCCCGGCAGUAAACAUCAGCCGUUUUGACCUAAGUGAAAACUCUUCCAUAUUCAGGCCCUUGCCUGCGUCAGAGGUAGACAUCAUGGGCAAAAAGCGCUUUGUAGCUCCCCAUGUGAUCUACAAGACAGAUAAGAAGCCAGAUGAGCCGUGCUCCAUCACUUCCUCCCUCUCUUACUUCCCUGACGAGGAAGGCAGCGAUCAGAACGUGACUGGUCCUCCCCGCAUCCCUCCCUCCAACCUCACUGUGGUAACAGUGGAGGGCUGCCCGUCUUUUGUCAUUCUCGACUGGCAGAAAUCUGACAAUGAAACCAGAGAGUAUGAAGUCGUAUCCACUGCUAAAGGACCGAAUGGACAGGAGGUGUCUGUACUGACAACUAAUCAGACACACACGGCCGUGGAGAAUCUCAAACCAGAGAGCAGUUAUGAAUUCACAGUAACACCAAGGAAUGAGAUGGGAGCAGGACCGUCCACUGAUCCGGUGUCUUUUAACACAGAAUCAGCGGAUCCACGAGUGAGCGAACAUGUCUCAGGCAAAGAUGCCAUCUGGACUCAGUUCCCAUUUAAAUCAGAUGAAUACUCUGAAUGCAAUGGAAAGAUGUAUGUGAAAAGAACUUGGUACCGAAAGUUUGUGGGCAUCCAGCUCUGCAACUCCCUGAGAUACAAGAUCUACCUGAGUGACUCUCUCAAUGGGAAGUUCUACAACAUUGGAGAUCAGACGGGGCAUGGUGAGGACCAUUGUCAAUUUGUGGACUCCUUCCUGGAUGGAAGGACUGGCACCCAGAUGUUAGCUGACCAGCUACCCAGCAGGCUAGGAUAUUAUAGAGCGUUGAGACAGGAACCUGUCCACUUUGGAGAGAUUGGAGGGAAGUCACAUGUCACUUAUGUAGGCUGGUACGAGUGUGGCACACCUAUACCUGGGAAGUGGUAAGACCUCACAGAGCUGUCCAGGAAGGAUGACUUCCUUGGCAGAGAGAAAAAGGAAGAAGACGCCUGUCUAAGCCUGAAGGGAGGUGGGCCUUUCUUUCAUGUUACCAUGGACACUGUAGAUUGGUCUGUCUGUUUGAACUCAGCCAACUCUUGCAGGUAUGAACCUGCACAGGACUAUUAGGUGUCACAAAACUCUAUCGAGUGCAUUUGUAACAUUGGUCUUAAUUUCUCUAUUUAUCAAAAUGCAUUCAGUGAAGGAAUGCAGGAGUCUGCGUGAACCAAAAUGUUGAAUAUACAGUAAUUACAGAGAAAAUGUUGGGAAGCUGGCUCCCAAAGUGUAAUAACUUGUAUGAUAUUAUUUAUCAAAGGGGAUCUUUAUUGAAUAUUCUGUGUGUGCUCGGACUUUUGAGAUGAGAAAGUAAAAAUUGUUCCCAAAUCAUGCAUGUCAGUGAGCACACACUCUGUGUCAUCUGUAUACAGAAAGGGGCCAAUCAUACUUUCAUUGUACAUUUGGACCAUGUAAAAUACAAGUAAGCACAGACAUGCAGAAUUGACCCUCUGCUGGCCCUAAGGGAUUAUUAGCAGUUGCAGUUUGCACAGUAUUAAACUUUUGUUCAUAUAUGUAUAUGGUGUGAAAUACAGUAUGUAUACCAGGGAUCAUAUAGUUUGAUGCAUUUCAGGUAAAACAGCUUAAGCAAAAUUGUUGAUCUAUUGUAAGAAAGCCAAAAGCUUGAGCUCAUCAUUUCUGUGGGGUCACUUGGAAAGAUUUAUGUAUUUUUUAAUGCUAGUGCAGUCAUGUCCUGUAUUUUAUAAAAGAAUAAAAUAUAUAUAAAAAUGCUUCGAUGUGGAAAAGACAUAAGCAAAUGACAUAAUUUAUGUUUUUGUGUUCAACCUUACGAAAAAGUGUACAUAAAGCUAUAAAUCAUUGGAGAGAAAUUGUAAGGUUUUUUCCACAUCUGCCAUGACUACGGUUGUUUUUGAUGCACCAUGUAUGUUUUCAGCAAUAAAUCUUGUUUUUAUAUUUACGGA